CAAAUUUUGGUGCCACUAGUUUCAAUAUAAUGGUACAAGGGCAAUAAUUCUAACGUUAUCUGUUCAAAGUGCAAGAAGAUGAAUAGAAAAAGGCCAAGACUUUCCCAAAGAGCGGUUGAAGCUAUGGAGUACAUUUUCCAGAAAAACCCUUAUCCAACAGACGAGGAUAUAGAAUAUGCGUCAGAAGAUAGCGGUGAAAGUAUUAAAAGAGUAAAGACAUGGUUUGCAAAUCGAAGAGUGAAAGCCUUAGCUGAGCUUUCUGGUAAGAGAAAGCCGACCAAGAGGCGGCUGACUCUUCUUCCAGCUUCACAGAGAUCAACACCAUCUAAAACGGAUUGGAGGAGAACCUCAGGAGAACAGCCUGUCUCCACUAUUAUACCUUCAGCAAGCUCCUCAGACAAUGAGGUAUCAAACAAGAAACAUGUUCCCUGCAAAAAAUGUCAAGUGACUUCCAGUGCAUUGGACGAUCUUCUGUUAGCACGUUAUGCUGAACUGAUAGAAGAUAAAGAGUUCCACGAAAUGGUAUUUGAUUCCGAUUAGUGAAUGGACCAGUGUGCAUGUUUCUCUCUGGAUAUUCGGACCAUUUAUUUUGUUAAAGAUAAAGAGUUGAUAAUUGAUAGGUGAUAAAAAGUUCCACGAAAUGGUAUUUUUGAUUCCGAUUUGAAUGGACUUAUGUGCAUGUUUCUCUCUGGAUAAAUGGGACAUUUGUUUGUGUGUCUGUUUAGGUAUGUUCGUGUGUUUUUUGGUUUAUUUUUGUUUUGUUUUGUUUAUUUUUCAAAUCAGAGAUAUUACAUGUCUCUGUGAUUAAAAGUGUUUAUUAAAUUAACGAUA